AAGCCUAUAUAAUAACAACAACAAAUUCCAGAUACCAAUGCAUUAAUCACUGCAAAUUUACUCUGAAAUGUCUACUACUCACGCCCAUGCAUGCACCCAUAUUUCUAAUCAAAAACCACGAUUCGCGAAAACUUGAAACUGAAAAUAGAGCAGAGUAGCUAAAGUGGUGCUGAAAAAUGAAAGUACAUAAAUUAAACUCAAAGUAGCCGCCCAAAAACCAACGAACGCCCCAAAAAGGCGAACAAAAAAUCAAACAAACAAACCAAAAAUAGAAAAACAAAAAAAAAUAAACAACAACAGCAACUAUGCCGUAACCGAGCUGCUGCUGUUACUAUCUAUCUAUAUGUAGUAUAAUAUAUGUACUUACACACAAACUAAUAUACAUAUACAACUCGAGUGCAGAUCUUAUUUCAGCGUUGCAUACAUUUGGGCGGUAGCGCGUGUCAUCUUCUUUGCUAAACGUAAAAGAAACAAAAAUUAAAAAAAAAAAAUAAAUAAAACACUUCAGAGUGAUAACGCAACCGAAUUCGUGCGAAAAGCAGAGUGUGCCCAAGCAAAAAAAUUUUACUACAUCCAACACUACUACACUCGUAUGUUGUUAUCUACUUUUUUCGCCAUUUUUAUGCAUGUAAACGACAUUUCACGGAAACUGUGUCAGCUGCAGCAAUAACAGCAACAAGAACAAAUGAACAACAACCAGCACACACUGUCAUAACAGUGUUCAAAUAUAUGUAUAUAUGUAUGUGCAAACAUAUAUAUAUUUAAAUAUGUCCAGUUGUUUGUGUUGUACUCUCUAAGUGGAGCACAGUGUACUAAAGUAUGCUCUGUCAGUGGGGAGUCUGCCAACAGACUUCAUAAUCAGCAGCAUCAUCACCGAUUGCAUACAUACAUAUAACGCAAACGACAACACCAACAAGCGACAAAAGCCGGCCGGCCAGUUUUCAAGCUUGUAGUUGAACACAGUGGCCGAACUUAAGCGCAAUUCGUCUGCAAUUCUUGUGCAGCUCGCCUUUCUCUAAUCUCUCUCCACAUCUAUCUCUCUGUCCCGUCUCUCUAUCUCUUGCUGCCGCGCACACCGGCUCUACGUUUCCUGCACUGGUUCUGCCUGCACUUGCUUGCGUUGGCAAGGGUCAUCGCAGGCCUGCACUAACGACCCUUCAACAUCAGCAAAGUUGUACGCCUCCAGAGCAGUCAGCCAGUGGGUUUGUGGGAUGACCGCAAAUGAAAUCGACGUCAAUUCGGAAACAACGACGCCCGUUUGAAUGCACCCAUCACACACGCGAAACAGUUAAAAAAUUCGAUUGCCACAGCAGCGGCAGCUCAAAAAAUUUUAAUAUUAGACGCGAGAUUACGUAAAAAAUUCUGACCGUAAAAAUUUAAAAUUUCUAUAAAUAAACAACUCAAUCAAUCAGACACAAUUAAAUUAUAUAGAAAACACAGCUGUAAAAAAGCAAAAGAAAUAUAACGGUAAAUAAAUAUGCAGCUUCCUAGCUUAGUGCAGCACAACUCGCACAGUAGAACGAUUAGAAAAACAGCUGAUGAAGCGCACACGCUUUGUUAGAGCAGAAAAUAUAAGAAAUUGACCAUUAAAAGUAGAAAAAGUAGAAAAAAAAUAUUAUCAAACCAAACCCACACACACAUCUAUAUAACUAUAGUAGCUAGUAGUAUCAUCAAAAACUGUUAAUUAAGUUAUUAAUAACGCAAGCCAUUAGGCUAUAAUAAUAUAAUAUAUAUACAUACAUACAUACAUACAAAGCAACAAAGCACGUGCUUCCUAGUAAAAAAGACCUCAGCAUUAAAUAGAGAUUUCAAAUAAGAAAACCAAACUAAUUUCACACACAACAAGUAAAGGCCAAAUUAGCAGCAGCAGCAACAACAACAGCAACAACAACAACAACAAAAGCUGUAUUAGCAACAAAGUACACACGCUUAUUGCUCCACACGCAUAGAGCUUAAAGCUUAAGAGGCACCAAACAAGCACAGAACCGCGGCAGAUAUAACUGUUCUGUAGCCGAGCAACGAUUUGUUUUGUAAAUAAAUACACGAUCUCACUACCAAGCUCCGCUUCGACUUCCACACGCUUAAUACUCGUACAUACACAACCAUGUGUAAAUAUAUAUAGAAAGCAAAAGAACACCGCUAUAAAUCACACCAGAGAUUAAAAGUGUAAGAGAGUAUAGCACAGCAACCACAUACUUAAAACAGUUACAUACACCCCGCGCCCAAGGCAGCAAAACAACCGUCCAAUAUACGAGCCACAACCGAAGAGCCAACGAAACACGCGCACUACACGAGAUACGCAAAGUGAUUAGUUGGCGCCGACUCCGAAAGACUUACGAAUUACUUUACUUAUGGCAAAGAUCAUCGUCUUUUAAUACACCACGACAUCAAAAGGAAGAAGAAGUCGACGAAGUUGACAGACAGCCAGAAUCACCCACAUACACGCACGAAAGCGAAAGAGUGAACAAACUACGCAGCAACAUGGGCUACACAACGGUAAUUAGAAAGCGCGGUCGCGUACGUACACUCAUGGCGAUCUUCUGUCUGCUCUUGGUGUGCACAACAACGCUCAAACUUGUCCAAGGCGCGGAGACGCCAAACAACGGUACAGCAAAUAAUUUAGAAGCCGUUGGCAACAAACCAAAUAAUGAUAAUAAAGUGACUCGUAAUACGGACUCAGAGGUUGAGGAGGGGGCCAACUCGGACGUGAAUGCUGUUGCUAAAGCCGGCGGUGCCGGUAGUGGUGGUGGAGGCGGCGACACCAAGAGUGUCGACGGUGUGGCACCAAAUCAGAGUCCCAAUAUUAAUUAUCACAAUAAUAAUGCUGGUAGUGAUGAUGUUGAUGAUGAUGGUGAUGCCGAGGGGGCUGGUAUCUCAAAGAGCUCGGAGGGCGACAAUGUCACCGCCUUGUCACAGCACAGCGGCAGUUCAUUGAAAUGCAAAGACGGUCUGCUGCUUAAAGUUUGGAUGCCAAUCGACAAUGUGAGUACCGGUGAUCGCGUUGCGCGGGGCCUUGUGUACUUCUUAGCGAUGAUAUAUUUGUUCAUUGGCGUUUCAAUUGUGUCAGAUCGUUUUAUGGCGGCGAUUGAAGUGAUCACGUCCAAGGAGAAGGAGGUAGUUAUCAAGAAGAAGGGCGGCGAAACUCAAGUGGUAGUGGUACGCGUUUGGAAUGAGACGGUCGCAAAUUUAACGUUAAUGGCGUUGGGUUCCAGUGCACCAGAAAUUCUACUGUCCGUUAUUGAAAUGUUUCAAAAGGGUUUCGAAGCAGGCGAUCUAGGUCCGGGCACAAUAGUCGGCUCAGCCGCAUAUAAUCUUUUUGUAAUUAUUGCCCUCUGCAUUGCGGUCAUACCGAAUGGUCAGGUGCGUAAAAUCAAACAUUUACGGGUAUUCAUUGUGACAGCCGCUUGGUCGUUGUUCGCUUACGUUUGGUUAUACUUGAUAUUGGCGCAAAUAUCGCCAGGGCGCGUAGAAGUAUGGGAGGGUCUACUGACAUUCAUAUUCUUCCCCACUACCGUGCUGACGGCUUAUAUAGCCGACAGACGUUUGUUGAUCUAUAAAUAUUUAGACAAGAAUUAUCGCAUGAAUAAGCGAGGCGUUAUUGUGAGUGCCGAGGGCGACGCCGUACUCGAGAUGAAUCGACACGAAAGCAUUAAGGAGCUGGCCGAGAACGAGGAGAUGAAAGACUUCGAGGAUGCACGACGUGAAUACAUUUCAACGCUGAAAGAACUACGUAAGAAGUAUCCACAAAGCGAUCUGGAGCAAUUAGAAAUGAUGGCUCAGGAGCAAUUGAUUAAUCGAGGCCCCAAAUCGCGCGCUUUUUACCGCAUACAAGCUACGCGUAAGAUGAUGGGCAGCGGCAAUAUAAUGCGCAAAGUGCAGGAGCGUGCUCUCACCGAUCUGAAUGAGGUGAAAGCACAGCUGCAGCGCGUCGAAGUGGAGGCCGAAGAAGAUGAUACAACGGUACGCAUCUGCUUCGAGCCCGGCCACUACACUGUCAUGGAGAGUUGUGGGGAAUUUGAGUUGCGCGUUGUGCGUCGGGGCGAUCUGUCGGGCUAUACGACCGUGGAAUAUCAAACGGAAGACGGUUCGGCCGAAGCGGGUAGUGAUUAUAUUGGUAAAAAGGGUGUACUUACCUUUCCGCCGGGUGUCGAUGAACAACGUUUCAAAAUCGAAGUUAUCGACGAUGAUGUAUUCGAGCAAGAUGAACAUUUUUACGUGCGUCUAACUAAUCCGUCAGAACCGGCAAUACUCGCUGUGCCAAAAGUGGCCACUGUUAUGAUACUCGACGAUGAUCAUGCGGGCAUAUUCGCCUUCAACCAGAAGACGCAUGACUUUGCUGAAUCUAUAGGCUCCUACGAUUUGAAGGUGCAACGAUAUUCCGGUGCACGUGGUAAGGUAAUCAUACCAUAUUGGACGGAGGAUGGCACCGGUAAGGCGGGCAAGGACUACGAACCAGUGCAGGGAGAAUUGGUCUUCGAAAAUAACGAAACUGAAAAAUUCAUACCGCUGGGAAUCAUUGAGGAAGGCAGCUAUGAGAAGGAUGUGCUCUUCUAUGUCAAUAUUGGUGAACCCAUCAUUGCGCCAGAUAAUAGCAUUAAAACGGAAGCACUUAAAUUUCUAAACAAAUUUCUCGACGAUGAAAUGGUAGGACUUAUUGAGGCUGCCGAGAAGAAGGCACCCGAGGAGCUGACGGAAGAGGAUAAAAUGGCGUUACUGGGUCGUCCCAAAUUGGGUGAGGUGGUGCGUGCUGAGCUGCGCAUCAAGGAGAGUAAAGAAUUUAAGAACACUGUGGAUAAAUUAGUGCAAAGAGCGAAUGCGUCACUAUUGAUUGGUACAUCGUCCUGGAAGGAACAGUUUGCGGAUGCGUUGACAGUAACUGCUGGCGAUGAUGAUGGCAAUGGUGAAGGUGGCGAGGAUGAUGAGCCACAAUCGCCCUCAUGCUUUGAUUACAUAUUGCAUUUCCUAACACUCUUCUGGAAAAUCCUAUUCGCCUUCAUACCGCCAACAGAUAUUUGCAACGGUUAUGUGUGCUUUGUUGUUUCGAUAUGUGGCAUCGGUAUGGUGACAGCAUUAAUUGGUGAUGUGGCAUCACAUUUCGGCUGUACGCUCGGCGUCAAGGAUGCAGUAACGGCGAUUUGUUUUGUGGCGCUCGGCACUAGUUUGCCAGAUACAUUCGCCAGUAAAGUGGCUGCCAUACAGGAUAAGACGGCGGAUGCGAGUAUCGGUAAUGUGACGGGUAGCAAUGCAGUGAAUGUCUUCCUUGGUAUUGGAGUGGCGUGGACCAUGGCAGCCAUAUACCAUGAAUCGCGUGGUGAAGCCUUCAGGGUGGAGGCGGGCACCUUGGCCUUCUCGGUGACACUUUUCCUCUCCGGUGCUCUAAUUGCCGUUUUCCUGAUCAUGUAUCGCCGUAAGAAAUCAAUAGGUGGUGAAUUGGGCGGACCAUCACCACAGAAAUACAUUCAUAGCGCCAUUUUCUUCAGUCUGUGGUUAAUCUACUUAAUAAUGAGCACUUUGGAAGCAUACGAAGUCAUCCAAGGAUUCUAAAGGGGCACAAAACCAGAGACAAACACUCCUAUACACACACACAUACAAGCAACUUACAACAAACUUACACUCGUAGCAACUUAUAUACUUUUUAAUAGCCAAAAAUGAGAUGUAAAAGAUAAACAACAAAACAUACACACAUACAUACACACAUGAAAACAAGCAGCAUAAAAUAAUUAAUGAAAUGCAAGUCAAAGAUCAGAACCGGCUACUAGAUACUUACAUACAUAGGAAAAUAUUUAAGCAAAUAAAAAAUUAAAUAAAUUAAAUUGUGAAACAAAGUAAAAUGGCAAAAUGUGGGAGUACUUGAAAAACACUAAAGUGCAAAAGAAAUUUUAACAGUAUUUAGCAGAGAAAUUGGCGUUAAAAAGGAAAUAAUAGCAAAAAAAGCGAUGCACUCUUCUCCCUAGGCAUACGAGUACAUAAAGUUGGCAGCUCAGGUUUUGAGAAAUCGAGUCGAGUUGGAAUUAAUUGAAUUUCUUUCUGGGUAAAUAGAAAAUAUUCUGCAUCCCAAUCACACUGGUCUGCAACAAGAUCCUCCAUCAGAAACAUGAGACCUUAGGGUUUAGGCCCUUUAUCCCAUUUCUUCGAUAUAAUUUUUUCAAUUCGUUUUUCUUUGCGCGAUUAUCAUGCACCUGGAGCUUUAAAAGCCUAUGGCGCCUUUGAAUGUAUGAAGUAUAAAACAAAGGCAUUUUUCGUCUCAGAUUCUGACGCAUGACAGACUCAAGAAGACUACAUAUAUGAGCUACUUUGCAAGGCGUUUUCGAGAACAAAGCUUUCCAAAAAAAAUCUGAUGAAUGGAGACUAUUUUUAGCAUCGCAAAUAAAUUUAAAGCAUGUGAGAAAGUUAGAGAAAUCUAGCCUUAUGAAGUAUUAUUGAUAUACUUAUAUAAUUGGCUCUUUGUAACCGCUGAAGCGAUUUUUGACCGAACUCAUCCUCGAAAUUUCGGUGCUCAAUGUUUUUCCAACAAAUGGAGGAAUAUUCCUUUUAUUCUAAGCCAACUUCUUGCGUCAAUUUAAAAAUUCGUUCUGCUAUUGCUUCACAUAAUAUUGAAACUAACGAAAAAAAACCUUGUGGAAGCUGUGAACAAAAACGAUGCAAGCUUUUAAUACCUCAAAGCAGAAUAUCUUAUAAUCAUUAACGCGAAGUUAAAGCAAGGAAUUUCAGUAGAAUUGGCGAUUUUGAAGGUUUUAACACAAGGUGUCAAAAAGAAAAGGAACUAGUAAUAAAUCUUCUUGACAACUACGCUUGAUUUAUUCGAAAGCUUCUUUCAGCUUAUAAAGCUUUGUAAUUGUGCAUACAAAGCAUGUAGAUUUCUUGGUGUCGGAUCAGAUGAUUCACCCAACUCAGUUUUAGAUAGUAAAUUAUGUCAAUUGAAAUUCACUACGAUAGGAAAUUUUAUUUGGUUUACCAUUGAAAACCAAGAAAGGAAAAACUACGCUACACAAGAACUUGAAUUCUAUCAACAAAACAAUAAAAAUGUAUGCAUAGUCGCCUCACCUGUUACCCAUAAAACUUAGACCAAUAUAUUGGUUCACUUUCUUUAAGAAAAACUAUAAACGAAAAGAGCGGAUUUUUUAAACUUGGCGCUCUAUUUAUUUGAAUAUCAUGAACCAAGCUGAAAUCUCUAAAUUUGAUAGCGGUCGCUCUAGCCGAGAAGCUAACAUUCUUCUACAGAAAGUGUCAAGCUCUCUGAGUAUAAAUAUUACUGACGUGAAAUAAAAAGCAACAACUUCAAAAAAGCUAUCAUCGGUGCUUGAAGUUUAUUAAGAACUUUAAGAUUUUUAUAUAACAAAAUUCAUUUUUGCGCAUUAAUUUUGAUUCAGCAAAAGCUCAAAUAAAGCUUUCAUUGCAGUUUGAAACUUUUUAAGUACUUGUAAAGAGCUUUAAUUGUUGUUUAACAUUUUCCCAAGAGCUUUCAUCGAGCUUCAGCUUUUGCGAAAUUGCAUUCAUUUCAAGUACUUUAUAUACAAUUGAGCAAUUAUUAAUUUCAUUUUUCUGUGGAGAAUUUAUUUUGAAAUUUGAAUUUGCAAAACUCAAUUAAUUUCUAACGUGAAUUUCGUAUUCAAAAAUACAAAAGAAUUAAGUGAUUUUGUUGUGAGAUUAAAAGCUCCGCAUAAUACAUCAGUCGUUCAAAGGCGGCUUAGAAUAAAAAACAGGUCUCUCCAUUUAUUGGAAACACAUCCAGACGCACACCACAAAUAUGAGGAGGAGGUCGUUCGAAAAUCGCUUGAGGGUUUAAGAUACUAAAAAAAUUUUGCAGACCAGUUAAGUUGAGACAAAAUCUGUUACUAUCUGGGUAAUUAAAGUUUACUAAAUUAAUUUAAUCAACAAAUCAUAAUCAGUAGCACCAAAAAUAUAUCAAUAAAUAAAUUUAUUUUUAAAUUCUAAUACUUUUUAAAGCUCUUACAAGAACACCAACAAUAAAAUUCCGAAAUAUAUGUGUUUUAUUAUUGUACCCGCAUUUUGUUUAUGCGCUUCAUUUUACUCAACUGAGUCUGUUAACUUUUAUCAACUUCAACUGCACAACAUAGAUAUAUAUAAAACGAUGUGAGUAUGCAAAUAUUCUAAAAAAAAAUUAUAAUGGCAAUUUCACUUUUCUGAAAAAAAAAAAACACACACACACAAAAUCAAUCACAAGCUAAGAGCAAACAACUGAAUAGGCAACAUAAUCUGUCUUGAAAAUUUUAGUAGCAACUAAACUUCAUAAGCACAGACAGCCAAACUUUAUAGCAAGUAAAAAGUAAUUAAAAAAAAAUAACUUAGAGGAAAAAUUUAAUACAAAUAAAAAAUAAUUUUGCACUUCGCAGCAAGGCGGCAACCAUAGUUACAGUAGGCAACAGAACGAAUGUUAACAGACAAAAGCAACAAAAAAUAUUAUUAUUAUGAAAAUCAUUAUCAAAGCAAAAAUUGCAUAAACAAAACAAACAAAAGUGUGUGCAAAAGAACAAUUAAGUAAUUUAAAAAAAGGAAACAUAACAAAAUAAGCUUAAACUUUGGCUAAACUCCAAAUUUGGGAAACAUUUUUAGCAAGCAAGCACAUUACAUA